AUGAAAUUUUUGAGCAUCAAAGAGUUGCUAGCUAUUGCCGAAAUCAUAGUGGGGAGCUUGAGUUUGUACAACUAUUUUCUAACCGAUUUCUAUGAUGAGAAAUUACUGGACCUGUCACUAUUUAAACAUCACUGCAUUUGCAUUUCUCUCAGUUUUAUUUGCUACUUUAAUGCUUGUGGCACUUGGUUUUGGUAUUCAAAUGUUAAAAUUACAAGAAUGUUAAAUCGGGUACAUGUAAUCCUGGUCUAUAUUGUUUUAAAUGUUCUAUUAGUUGCUACUCACUUUUCAUAUAAAGCCAAUUAUGGCCCUUUAGUUUGGGGUUAUUUCGAUCAGCAGAUAUUUUUCGACGAAAUCGAGCGUAUGCAAAUGAGUUUUUAUAUUGUUUUGCUUUUAUUGACUUUAUCUGGCGUUAUUAUUGGUUUUAAUGUUAAUUUUAUACGUUUUCGUGUGGUUCAUUUAUUGAAGAAGAAAAAACAAAAUCAAGUGUAG